AAUUCACAGAAAGAAGCAACAAACUGUGAAGAAAUUCACAAACUUGUGUACCUCACCAAAGGACGGAACAGCGCAGGAAAAGCUCGUGUUCAAAAGUUUCCUCUACGAGAAGCUGCGUUUUCAGGCAUCACCGCUCCACUCCAGUCGUGCUGUCUCUACAGCCACCGCUGCUGUAUGCAUCAGGAGAGAUCAUUGCUUUUUGCAAUGAAAGCAGGCGCUGUCCACUGCCGUUGUUUAAAAUGCUACUCGGUUCCAGCACGGAAGCGAGUUCGUAAGCGAUCCUCAGCCCUCACGCUGCUGUCUCUACCUGAGGAGCUGAUUCUCUGUGUGCUCCAGUGUCUCUCUGCCGAGGAUCUUCUGUCUGUCCGAGCAGUUCACUCCCAGCUUCGGGACAUUGUUGACAACCAUCCCAGUGUAUGGGCCAAGGUCAGCUUCAGAGACAAGUGGCCAUCCCCCAAGUCCUUAUGGCUGUUUGAAAGGGCUGCUGAAAAAGGGAAUUUUGAAGCUGCUGUGAAGCUUGGAAUUGCAUAUUUAUACAAUGAAGGGCCUUUAUUGAGUGACGAGGGCCGAGCGGAUGUGUGUGGUCGAAAGGCCUCCCACUUCUUCAGCUUGGCGGAGAGCCUGCGCUCUCCGGCUGCGGAUCCCUUCAUCUGGGUGUUCAUCCGUCCGCCGUGGUCGCCCACUGGCAGCUGCUGCAAGGCCGUGGUGUUCGAUCGUCUCAAGGCCGAGUGUGAUGACAACGUGGAGAAAAGGGGACCCCUGCUGCACUGCUUGGCUAGGGUUUUGCAGCUGUUUGAAGGGGAUGAAAAACGCUCCGACGCCAUUUCAAUGCUGGAGGAAUCAUCGCGGGCCGGCUGCCUGCAGAGCGCGUACCUGUUGUGGGAGCACAGCAGAAAGGCGGCCAUAACAGAUCCGGGAAGGUAUCUCCAGUGUAUACGAAGGCUCAGGGACUACGCUGGCAAAGGAUGCUGGGAGGCGCAGAUGUCCCUGGCCAAAGUGUGCAGCGGUGGGAAUCCCCUGGGUUUGGAGCCGAAGGCCUGCUCCGACCUGGUCGCCCAGCUCUUCAGUUCCUCGAAGCAAGCGCCCCGAUCCUGUGCUCCAUGCGUCCUCAGGCGAGGCAUCAAAGACAACAUGAGAUACAUCCUGGUGGACUGGCUUGUGGAGGUCACCACCAUGAAGGACUUCUCCAGCUUGGCGCUGCACGUGACAGUGGGCUGUGUGGACCGCUACUUGUCUCUGCGCUCCGUCCCCAAGGCCCGCCUUCAGCUAUUAGGCAUCGCCUGCAUGGUCGUUUGUACACGCUACAUGAGUAAAGAGAUCUUGACAAUACGAGAAGCUGUUUGGCUGACGGACAACACAUACAAGUAUGAGGACCUGGUUCGAAUGAUGGGAGAGGUGGUGUCUGUGCUGGAAGGAAACAUCAGGAGCCCUACUCUGCUGGAUUAUGGGGAGGUGCUGCUCUCUCUGCUCCCCCUGGAGAGACGAACCACUCACCUGUUCAGCUACAUCUGCGAGCUGUCGCUGCUCUACUCGGCUCUCGCCUCGCCGCCACCGGCCAAGUUAGCCUGUGCCGCGCUGCUGCUAACCCGGGCGCUACAUCACUAUGCUCCUCUCUGGCCCUCCCUGUUGGCUGAAUACACAGGAUUCUCCAAACAGGACCUUGUUCCCCUUUCCGUGCUGAUUUACAUGAAGUGUUUCAGCCAAGAUAUUCCCAAGGAUUACAGACACGUGUCUCUCACUGGCGUCAAGCAGCGCUUUGAGGAUGAAGCCUACCAGCACAUCAGCAAAGAAGAGGUGAUGUGCUUCAAAGAACUUUCUCAAAUCUUGGAGAUUCCUGAGGAGCAGGUGCAGAUGGAGCCUCUCAGUCCCACUGCUCAGCCAGCAGACAUCCACACCUUCCUGGCCUCUCCUUCUAAUGCCAAUAAGAGGAGGCGUGACGACAGCGUGGAAGCCCACCGGAGCAGCUUUGUGGCCACGCCCACUGCAGAGCUGUCCAAUCAGGAGAAGAGCCUGGUGGACAACAUCCUGGACUGGAGUCUGGACACUUCCUCCUCCGGAUACGAGGGGGACAGGGAGGAGAGCGAGGGCGAGAAGGACGAGGAUUCUUCCACGAUGACUAUCAAGCUGCUCCCGAUUCCCGACGCCGACCAAAGACGGGAGCACUGCCGAGCCCUGUCCAGCGAUGAAGAUAGCUUCUGUGAAGCAGAAAGAGAGAAGAACAAGGCUCUCCAUGGCAAAAAAGCCCCGUCCGCCUCUGGAGACCUUCACAGCUCUGGAUACUCCUCCGUUCAGAGCGUCAGCCCCUCGUCCACAUGCUCCCUGUCCUCGUCGUCCCUCGUGCCAUACACGUUCGCCACUUCCACGGGCUCGGCCUCCGCUCACGCCCAGCCGGGCUUUCGUCUCCUGGUGCCCAUGCAGAGGCCUCGGGGCGCCUCCAGCAAGCAGGUGAAGAGGAAGAACGUGGCAGCUCACAGCGGAGGGGAGAUCGAAAGAGAAGAGGAGGAUUUCGAUGGAGAAGAGUAUUCUCACAGUGGAGGGUUCCUGAGCCAAUAGACUUUGUCCGUGUGAACGGACUGAUGCUCGGUCAUUUCGCCUCCAGCACUUUUUGCUUUUGUUUUUUCCUCGUUCGUUUCAGUCUGCACUGGUUAUUCGUUCGCCAUAAGAUCAAGAGACGUUGACUUAAAAGACACAUAAGGGAAAACCUACCAAGAAACUUGCCUUUCUGUUGCAUUACAUUUCAUUUACAUGUUUACAGGCAUGGAGCAAUAAAUAUACCUCCCAUAAAGCAAGGUUCACAGUCAGCUGUAAAACCACUGGAACAUGACUUGACGUCCCUCAGGACCCUGGUACAAUACUUGCCAUUUCAUUGUUUUCAAGUGAAUUCAACAACAGCCUAUCUCAGAUCAUGCUCGUUCAAAAUGAAAUGAAACCUCGUGAGCUGGAUUCAGGGUAAAGGGGAUUUACUGUGAUUGUGACCAUAAACUCUGAUGUGCACUGUCAGUACAAGCAUCCGUCUUGUAUUUGGUGAAUUUUAUGAAUGGGUGACUUCUGCCAUUCAGUUAAUGAAAGUGUUUGCAGCUGAAUCCUAAAACAGAUAUAAUUGCUCAAAGUUUAUUUGUUCUAUUCUUCCUCUCCGUGUUUGCCAAAGGUACUGUGGUAGUGGCAUUUGUGUUUUCAGGGGCAUCUGCUUAUAAAGACACAGUUGUAAAGUCAGUCGUUUCAUAGUCUUGUAACUAUACAUCGGUUUUGCUGUAUGUACAUGAAUGAUAUUAGGACCAAAAGCACACUAGGAGCACCAGAUAGAUGUUAACUGUUAACAUAUUAAUACACUAUGUGAUCAUUACGGUCUGCUGAUCGCAGAGUAAGCAUAAUAUGUGUUGUACAAACCUCUGUGUGUCAUCUAAACGCUCUUCAACUUAAACACAAUUAGGCACCGACCAACAUACUCAUAAUGGCUGUCUUACUUCCUUCCCCAUCUAAAAUAAGUUGAGCAUGUUUCUCAUCACUUUUUCUGUGUGGCUUUUUAAAAUCAACUUUUCUGUGCUGGAACAAUCUCAACUGAAGAAUUUUUUUUAUGAUUUUCAGUAUCUAUCUUGCACACUAGUGGAGGUAUAGACACUAAAUUAAAUAGAGAAAUAUGGAAGGCCCCAUUCAGGACAUUGAGCACAUGAAAGGAUUGUGACUGACUGUAAAUAAAUUUGUAACUGUUGCUCUGGACUGGUUCUCUCCUGUGGGUUUAGUGUACAUAUGUCUAUGUAUAAAUGGGGGAAGGACGAAGAGUAUGCCACUACUACUUGAAUUUUUUUUUGUUUUGCUUCAUUCCAAAAGGCAGUGUUGUUUCUGUAUUGUGCAGUGUUUUCUCUUUAUACCUGUGAAUAUGUAAGUUUUGUACUGAGUU